AGCUAAGCAGCUCUGUAGAGUGAGGAAACUGAAGCUUCCGUCUAUACUAAGAAAAAUCUAUUUUUUUCUUUGUUCCUUCUUAUUCCAAUGAAUAGUUUGUGUGACUUGUUUUAUCCUUUACAUGGUUAUAUAUGAGAUUAUGAGGCUAACUAGUUUUCAUUUGCACAAAUGUACACAGAAAUGUGUAAAGAAAAUGUCACUGUGAAAAACCACCCAUGUUAUAACAUGAGCUUAUUUCUUAACCUCUUCUUUGUCUUUAAUUAAAUAUAUAGUAACCAACCAGUCCUAGUUUAUAAAAGUAUUUUUGUUUCUUUAGGUUAAAACUCUCAAACCAAAGAAGAUGGAGGUUCAUUGCUCUUGAUGUAUUUUUGUUUUCUAUCACAGAUUUAUCGAAGAUCUGAAAUCUGCUGACGGAAAGAACAUUGUUUUUAAUUUGUUAUAUCUUGUAAUGGAAUAUACUGAUGUAAUCCAAAAUAAGAAGGUAGCAGAAUGCAGAAUUAAUAAUAGUCCAAGUAUGGAUCUGGAGAAAGAUCAAAAGGAUGGCAUUGGCUGCAUUAUCGCUGGUGGUCCAAGCAUCGACCAUGAGGAAUCUGAAGAAAGUAAUGCUAACUCAUCAGAUUGUGAAGAAAGAAAUUCUCCAGAACGUCAUGUGCAUAAAAUGACAAGAAAAAAAAGGACAUUAAAAUAUUUAUUCCAAAGAAAUGCUAAGGAACCGAGUGAUGACAAAAAAAUGACGUCUGAUCAUAGCGGUGAUGAUGAAUUUAGUAAUGAUUCCAUUUACAAAUUCACCAUUACUGAAAUAUGCCCCGAAAGUGAAACACAAAGUUCCAAAGGCGCACAGGAAAAGUUGUAUUCGUGCUCCCAAUGUGAUAAGUCUUUUAAUCAUAGCUCCUCACUGUAUAGACAUCAUAGAACUCACAAAGGAGAAAAAAAACCUUUUUCGUGUCCUGAUUGUGGCAAACGUUUUCCUGGGGGAGCAGCCCUUAUUAUGCACCAAAGAAUUCACACAGGGGAGAAACCCUUUCAGUGUCUUGAUUGCGGGAUGCGAUUUAACCAGAAGUCGCAUCUUGUGACGCAUAAGAGAAUUCACACGGGAGAAAGACCUUUUACUUGUUCAGAUUGUGGAAAAUCUUUUUCUCGAAAAUCUUAUCUUGCGACACACGAAAGAAUACACACAGGAGAAAAACCGUACCCGUGUGCUACAUGUGGCAAAGGGUUUACUUGCAACUCAGAUCUUGUUAAACAUUUGAGAAUUCAUACAGGGGAAAAACCUUUUGUAUGUUUUAAAUGCGGAAAAGGAUUUUCUCGUAAAUCUUGUCUUGUAAUCCAUCAAAGAAUACACACAGGAGAAAAACCGUACCCGUGCUCUAUAUGUGGCAAAGGUUUUACCUGCAAGUCAGACCUUGUAAAACAUCUGAAAAUCCAUAAAGACGAAAAACCAUAUGCAGAGCUUAUUGCAGAUCAGAAUAUCGAUUCAGAAGGGACUGCGUAUAUAUGUACUGAUUGCGGGAAAUGUUUUAACGUAUACUCUUCAUUUGUUAAACAUUACAAAAAUCACAAAGGAUAACAUUACUAGUUACUUCUGUUGUGUUCAUAAAUUAUUUUACACCAAUAUAACCCAAAAGUAUAUAAGAUUGAAUGCAUUGUUUUAUAGAAUAUACGGUUGAGAUCAGCUGACAUAUAAUGACAACAAAGUGGUUACAAUAUCUGGUUAUUUAUUCUCUCUACUUUAUUGUUUUAGCAUAUGUGAUAUUACAGAACAUUUAAUAUUAUCUGUCCUUUGUGAUAUGUAUUUUCUUAUAAAAUUAUCUCCUGCAUAUUAUAUAAUGUAUUAUUAUACUUCCAAUAUCUCCUUCAAACCUUUAUUACAUUUCCAUUAAAGGGUCAUAAUAGUCAAAAA